AUGGUCUUCAAGCCGUUUACCCACCUCGCGCGUCAGAGUUUCACCAAGGCCUUCACUCAUGGCUAUGCUCAAUCCGUAGUCGCGGCCUCGCAGUCCUCGUACGCGUCGACCACCACCUUCAACCAACUCGCCAACCAACCUGCCGCCAAACUCUCUCGGACCGCUCUCCAGAAUGUGUUCCAGCCAUCGAGCUCAUCGGGAGCGGGUGCCAAAGCCAGCCAGGGCACUUCCGGCUCGGGCGACUUGGGCUUAGCCGCCUACUAUGCUGCCUGGCAACAUGCUCAGCAGACGGGCGAUGACAGCGACUGGAAGCAAUUGCAGCUGAAACGGAAGGUCGGCUGGAAGCCUCCUUUGACCGAAGAUGGCGCCAAAUCCAAGGACGCGGACAGCCUGCCCUCGUCCGAAAACAACUUCCACAAUUCGCCCCAUAUCACCAAAGCGUCGGCCAACGCCGAUGUCAGUGCCAAGGUCGAAGAAGCUGUAGCCCGGGAGAUCCAGAUCCAGGAAGAGCAGGCUCAGGCCGAGGAGGCGUCCGAGGCAAAGGAGAGCUCGGAGACGGAGGCGUUCCCUGAGUUGCCCCCCGAUGUCGCCGCGGUCGCUGAUGCCACCACGGAGCAAUCUCGCCUUGCUUCCGAGCAUAUCACCGAAUUGGCCUCGAGCAAGAAAUACGCCGAGAUUCCCGGUGCGUUUGCUGCGGUUCUCCGCGAUGGUCUGACGCCUACGGUUGAUGCUUACAAUGCCCUUCUGGAAUCGGCCAUCCAGCUUCAUGGCGAUACCGCCCAGGCGAUCCAGAAGGCGCUGGAUGUCUACUCGGACAUGCUCCGUCGCAGGGUCGUUCCCAACGAGCAGACCUAUCAGACCCUGGUUCAGCUUUUCGUGGUCCGUGCCGAGGAGGCCAUCAAGUCCAAGAGUCUGCUGGAGCAGGAGCGUGUCCGCUACGGUGGCAUGGAAGAGCCCGGCAAAUUCAUGUUGCACUCCAGCGAACUGGAGCGGGCGAUUCUCGCCGAGGACCACUCCCUGGCGAUCGCCCUCAAGUUGUUCAACACCGCCGCCACCCGUCACGCCGAUCUUGUCUUCCCUCUAGACACCUACCGGUACUUGAUCACGGCAUGCGCGACCGAGGGCCAAGUGGAAGAUAUGGUCCGAGUGUACGCUCACAUGGAGUCCCACAAGGUGACCCCGCACGCCUCGAUUUUUCCGUCAAUGAUUGACGCCUUUGCCUCCACCGGAGAUCUGCAGAGUGCCGUGGAGUGUUACAACGAGUACAAGGGUCUGGCGGUUUCGGACGAUAGCGGAACCUUCUGCAUCGUGCAGCGGUUGGACGGCCAGGUCUAUGCGGCCCUGGUCCGGGCGUACCUGGUCUGCGGGAAGGAACAGCAAGCUUUGCGUUUCCUGGACCGGAUCGGGGCGUCGUUCGACGAGGUGACGGAGAACCGCGAGGUGCGCCAGACGGCGGUCGAGUCGGUGGUGGUGCAGGACGGGCUUGUCCGGCAUGCGCUCAAGUCGGGCGAGCACGGGCGGGCGUUGGAGCAGGCCAAGACCCGGUUGCGCGAUGGGGCGCUGGAUCAUGCCAUGUCCCAGAUCUGCAUUGCCGCGGCGGAUGCGGGUAAUCUGCAGACGGCUUCCGAAGCAUACGAUGCUCUCCCCACCGACAUGGCCGUCCGUCAGAGGCCCGCCGUGUCCAUGCUCGCCUUACAUGUGCGUCAGGGCAAUGUGUCAGCUGCCCGGGCCGUGUGGCUCACCCUGAGCACCGCCGGUCAGGCAACACCGGACAUGGUCCAGCCGACGGCCAUGUACGCCGUGGCCUUGUUGAAGAGUGGCCAGAUCGAGGACGCUCUCGUCCAGGCUCGCAAUAUGUUUGCCCGCGUCCGCAACUCUUCUGCCUCCGACAACCACUCGACUCUGAACCCCGUCCGUGAACAGAUCAACGAAAGCCUGCACCUCCUCGGUCGCGUUCUUGUCCAGACUGCGGCCGUCCUGUCUCCCCAAGCUGCCAUGUCCCUCCUGUGGUCCAUGGUCGAGAAUGGGGGUCUGAUCUCUCCCGUCGCCGAACAUGUCGUCGCCAGCCUGGGUCCUAUUGGCAUCUCCCAGCUGAACGCCCGCGAUCUCAUGCUGGCCCUCCAGGUCCAGGCGGGCAUGCUGGUCAACCACAGCGCCAUGUUUGACGUCGCUCACCCGAUCCGUUUCUCCCACAUGCUGGACAUUGCUCUGGCGACCGGGCUGCCGAUGGACGCCGUCACCACUCGCCUCGUCGACCAGGCGGUGGGCAAGUUGUUCAACAGCCGGCCCGACAUGGUCAAGCGGUGGCACGAUCAUCUGGCCCUGACGUCCAGUCCUUCCUCCUUCGUGAGCGGCCGUCACUCCCCCAGCUCCGACAUGUCCACGAUGAGCCCCGUGUCCAGCGAAGAGUCCUUUGACCCCUACGCCUAUGCCACCGACUUCCGCGGAUCGUCGAUGAUCGCCGACGAGUUGGAGAGCACCAGCGGCAAGCCGGAGGCUCAUCUGAAUGACGCGCUGUCCCGGGUCCGCAACAUGCGCCGCAAUGGCCGUCACCCGCGCUACAUCACGUAUGCUAAGAUGAUCACCGCCGCUACCAAGUGCAACCGGGUCGAUCUGGGUUAUGAGAUCCUCAGCAUGGCCCGACGCGAUGUGCCUCUUCUUCCGCAGUACAACGCCGUCAAGUACGGCUGGGUCUCGAUCCUGGAUGCCAUGGUCGCGUCGUGCCUGACCCUGGGUGACCGCAGUCAAGCCUCCAAGUUCCACCAGGAGCUGCUGGAGCUGGGCUCGGCUCCCUCGGCCAACACGUUCGGUCUCUACAUCACCACCCUCAAGGAAUCCACCAAGACGUUCGACGAAGCGACCGAGGCUUUGAAGAUCUUCCACCGCGCCGUGGCCGAGGGAGUGGAGCCGACUUCCUUCCUGUACAACGCCCUCAUUGGCAAGCUGGGCAAGGCCCGUCGGAUUGACGACUGUCUGCUGUACUUUGCCGAGAUGCGCGCCAACGGGGUUCGCCCGACCAGCGUCACCUACGGAACGAUCGUCAACGCCCUGUGCCGGGUCAGCGACGAGCGGUUCGCCGAGGAGAUGUUCGAGGAGAUGGAGUCGAUGCCCAACUACAAGCCUCGUCCUGCCCCGUACAACUCAAUGAUCCAGUACUUUCUCAACACCAAGCGGGACCGCAGCAAGGUCCUGGCCUACUACGAGCGCAUGCUGACUCGGAACAUCCAACCCACGAUGCACACCUACAAGCUUCUCAUUGACGCCCACGCCUCUCUGGAGCCGGUGGACAUGCCGGCGGCGGAGAAGGUGCUGGAGACCAUCAAGGCUGCUGGUCAGCGACCCGACGCGGUGCACUACGCCUCCCUGAUCCACGCCAAGGGGUGUGCGAUGCACGACAUGGAAGCCGCCCAUGACGUAUUCAAGUCGGUUGCCUCGAACGGCAAGGUGCGUAUGCAGCCCUGCCUGUACCAGGCCCUCCUGGAGGCCAUGGUGGCGAACCACCAGGUGUCCCAGACGGAGGAGAUUGUGCGGGACAUGUCCCGCCGGGGGGUGGAGAUGACGGCCUACAUUGCCAACACCCUCAUCCACGGAUGGGCCACGGCGGGCAACGUCGUCCAGGCCAAGAACGUGUAUGACAGCAUUGGCCUGGACAAGCGGGAGCCCAGCACAUACGAGGCCAUGACGCGGGCCUUCCUGGCGGUGAACGACCGGGAGGGUGCGUCGCGCACGGUGCAGGAGAUGCUCUCUCGGGGCUAUCCUGCGGCGGUGGCCAGCAAGAUUGCCGACCUGGUUGGCAUCGGAGCUGCGGUGGCUGCCUUGUAG